GUUCAUUAUAGAGGGAUCGGCAUUAAAUGUGCUGUGUAACUUUACUUUCAUCCAGAUAAUCAAACAGCAGUUAAUUGGUUGAUAUGUAUUGCCCUAGCUGUAGCCCGCACUCCAAUCCAGUAGGUGGCAGUAAUGCUCUGUAAGCACAUGUCAGAGCCAAUGAACGUAAAGGGAGGGAAAACAAGCGCACUCUGGAGCAGAGUGGAGCGGCAGGGAGAAAGAAUGUGGUCAACUUGAGAGAGGACGAAAGCAUCAACGACGCUCAUAAAAACCACAUGUGAACAAUUAUUCAUUGUACCCAGCUGUGGCUGCACCACCUGACCUGGUAUGAAAAAUGACCAUAAUCCUGCGAUUGCAAGGCCUUGAUGUGAAGGCAGGUGCUGAAGAUAUACGGACUUUCUUUAAAUGCCUUCACAUACCUGAUGGUGGAGUCUACAUAGUGGGAGGAAGUCUCAGGGAGGCUUUUAUUGCAUUCACCACCACAAGAGAUGCACAGCUUGCCAUGCGGUACACUGGCAAGUUCCUCAAAGGGUCUAAAGUGACUCUACACAUAAGCAGCAUGGAAGAGCUGGAGCACAAAUUAAAGUCUUUGUUAAAGAGAAAGAAAGCCUCCCCGACACAGAUCACUGUCAAGAGACCUCAGCCAUCUCCAGAUGCAAACCUGCUACCUUCAAAUGCAGGGCCUCAUACUCCCUGUACUGCAAGUCUACCACCUACUACUGCAUCAACACUUGAUUCUAACUCGGCAAAUCUUCCCCAGCCCCUUUAUUCCAGUACUUUAAAUCUACCACCUACUACUGCAUCGACACUUGAUCCCGACUCUGCAAAUGUUCCACAGCCCCUUUAUCCAGGUACUUCAAAUGUACAAGCUUCAAAUGCACUCGAUCCCAAUAUGGCUUUUCUUCUUGGAAUUUGUACUGCUCUUCAUGGUCUCCAGUCCAAUAAAAGAGAAAACGAUGCCUUGCCAAGAGUUGAUUUUCCCAAGACUGAGAUCCCAGAUGUGUCCGACAAGGUGAGGACACCAGAGCAAACGCUGAACUCAGAGCCAGGCUAUGUCAGGCUCUUUGGUAUGCCGGCCACCGCUACAAAAGAGGACAUCUGCCAUUUUUUCAAAGGGUUGACGGUACAGGAAGCCAUAGUGAAUGUCAAGUUGGGACUUGGCCAUGGCUGCCUUGUGAAGUUUGCAAGUGUGCAGGAAGCAUGUGAUGCGCUUCUCUUCAACCAACAGUCACUGGGCCCCAUCUGUGUGGAGGUACGUGGAGCGACUGCAAAGAUGUGGACCAGUGCGCUCCAAGAAUGUGAAAAUGCUUUUGACGUUGGGGAGAGAGUAAAACCCGAGCAGAGCUCUCCAAGGGAAAUGGCAAACCAUAAACAAUCCACUGCACUGCGGAUCAAGAGGCUAUCCCUCAACCGGUUGCCAUCUAAAUCACCAAAAAGGCCAAGAAUUGACAGUGACCCAACUACUGCUGUAUCACCAGCUGUGGAGUACACCGUCAUGGUCAGUAAUCUCCCCAAAACAAUGACAAAGACUGAAAUAAAAGAAUUGCUCGGAUGUCCAAACAUUGAACACAAAAAUGUCCUACAUCUGCUUGACAAGGAAGGCAACAGAACAGACACAGCCUUUCUUAUUUUUAACCACACCGUGGAUUACAACUAUGCAUUGAAUCUCACUGGCUGCCAUGUAGGCUCUGAUGCCAUCAAGGUCUCAUCAAUCACGAAGAAGAUAAUGAGGGACAUGAUGGCCAAAGCCCAUAUGAUGAGUCUUCAGCGAGACACAAUGAAGAAACCACAUCGAAGGAGGAAAUCCUGCACAUUUGAGACACCUGAAGAAGCAUCAAACUUGAAUGCCGACCCAGCAGCUCAAACAUGCCUGUAUGUCAGGAACUUGCCCUCAGAUGUUCAAAAAAAAUCAAAUAAAAGGGCUUUUCCACAACUAUAGACUUCGAAAAGAUAAUAUCACCUUACUGCUCAAUAGUGAUGGCAAGGGUAUCGGUGAGGCUGUGGUUCAGUUUAAAUCACAGGUUGCUGUACAGGCUCAAAGGCUCCAUGGUGAGGACUUUCUGGGCACAAAAGUGCUUCUCACCUGCAUAAAUGCAAAGCAAAUGGAGGACAUCUUGGCAAAAAAGGUUUGAGGAAGUGGAAGGUUGGUGCUCAAACACAGGCACCAUGACUGAGGACCAACUGCGACAACCCCCCCCCAUCAAGUUUGUUUUCUCAGUGUUCAUCUGCUUGAUUUCAUCACUGUUAUGAAAUGUUUUCAUGAUAAUCAAUAUCCACAGCAUUUUUUCACAUUCCCUCUGUACAUUUUUAAAUAAAUGGUUUU